GAGCGAAGACGGAACAUGACGAAGGUGACGUCAGGUGCCUCGCUAGUCUCGUUUAGUUUACUGCGAAGUAGAUGGAAAAAAAUCCAGCAACAAGAAGGAAGUGCAAUGGCGACAUUGAUUCGCCAACUACCAAUUCCGGAUACGUUCCUGUGUAAACCUUGGUCAACUUUUAUCAGCGCAGCAAAAUUACACUAUUCUGACAACUCACUCGUCGAAAACCGCUUGAAAGAGCUGUACCACAACUGGGAAGGAACUAAACUCAGCAAAGAAGAGAUGCACGUGUUUGGCCAGUUUCCCAACCAGGAGGAUUUCUGUCUCGUCGUCUGCCAUGUCUGCAACCAAGUGGUCAAACCCCAGGGCAUCCUCACCCACUACGAGCGUCGGCACGGCUCCCCGUGUCCCUCCAGGGGUCCAGUGGUCUCUGUGAAGCCCAAUGUGGCAGUGUCCCCCACCCUGGGUUCUACUCCGCCUCUGCCCUUCAGGGUCCCCAGAGACUACCCCCACUCCCGCUUCAACAAGGCCCCGCUCGCUGUCUACCCUCCCAAGGGUGUCCGCAGCAAGACAUGUGUGUCAUUGCCAGUAGUGAGUCUGGAGAAGAUGCCAUGUCUUGGCCGGGCAGAGAGGGGAACACACGUCAGAGUCAACUGCUUUUCUUCCUCCUGCUCCUCUCCCUCCUCCCUCAAACCCUCCCUGAUCCCCCCAGCUCCCUUCGGGGGGUCUCGGGAAAAACUGGUGAACGGCCGCGGGCCAACCACCCCUUGCUCCACCACACCCCCCUCCCUGGUGGACCGCCGGCUCGCUCUCCCCUGGACCAGCCCGGCUCGCUCUCCCCUGGACAAACGACCCUCCUCUACCCCCUCACCCUCCCCCCUGAAUCACCGCAGACCCUCUCCCUCCCAUCGGACCCCCGCAACCCCCUCCCCCCUGGACAGGAAACAGCAGAAUGGAACCAAGACCCCCAGGCCUCAUAGGAGACUGUCAGGGAGGGUGUUUGACCCUAACAAGCACUGUGGAGUCCAAGACCCAGAGAGCAAACGGUCCUGCACGCGAUCACUCACCUGCAAGACUCACUCCCUGAUCCACCGACGGGCCGUCCCAGGCAGGCAGAAAGAGUUUGAUAUCCUCCUGGCGGAACACAAGGGCAGAGCGAAGGAGAAAGAUAAGGAGGGGGCAAAGGAGAAAGAUAAGGCGGGAGGGCAGAGGAGGGAGUCACAGGGAGGCAGUCAGAGCACCCGUGCCAAUGAUACUACCCCCUCCACCCUGCCCCCCCACUGCCACAAUGGCAGAACCGUCUCCACUCUCAAACUGCGGCUGGCUAAUGCACACAGACCCAGGGUACCUGGUAGUGGGGGUGCUGCUGUCGUAUCCUCCAACCCCGUCCCCCCAGGCUCAACACAGGACCCCCCAGUCCCUGUCUGGCAGAGGGCAGGAGGGGACAGGGACGGUCGUCUGUCCAGUGAUGAGAGCGACCCAGGAACACCAGAUGGCCCUGACAGAGACGAUGACCGACCAUCCUGCCAUUACUCCCCUCACCACCCUCGACCACUGGGGUGCUGUGCGUUCAGCAGCAGGCUGAUGGGACGUGGUCACUAUGUGUUUGACCGGCGGUGGGACAGGAUGAGGCUGGCGUUACACUGCAUGGUGGAGAAACAUGUCAACGCUCAGAUGUGGAGAAAGGUGCCCCUGGCUGCUGAGAGCCCUCUCUCCCUCGGGAGCCCUUCUAUCAUCACUCCCUCCCCCAGCCCUCUCAGCCCUCCUCCCCCCCUCUCCUUCUCUCCCUCCACCAACGGAGCCUUCUCCCUUGGGCCCUACACCACAGCCUUUCCCCAGGAUGCAUCAGCAGCAGGGUUGUUUGGCAUCAGGGACCCCUCCCAGCCCGUGGCCCCUGUCUCCGCCCUAGGGAAACCCCGUAAUGGCACUACCACCAAACCCAUCAGGCCCCCAGGGGCCACUGGUGGCGCAGCCAAGAAGAGGAGGACCACCCAUCCACCUAGUUCUGACACUCUCAGGGGGAACAACAGCAGCUACCACACUCUGACUCCCACCCCCAUGCUCAGCUCUGGCGUGCCCCCCCUUAGUGGUAGGAGAAAGACCUUAGGACACAGUGCCAGGGAGGUGGGGGUCAGGGCUGAGGACUGGUACCCCAACCCUGACCAAACCACCACCACACCCUACCCCUUCACUAAGGACCACCCCAGCCCCUCACCCCUUACUCCCAGCUCCCUUCCUCCUCCCAGCCCCCUGGCCUACGGAGGAGGGGUGGAGGGGAGAAAGAGGAGGAGCCCCAGUAUGUACGGAGGAGGAGGAAAGCCCAGUAAGGUGACCAAAGCAGCAGCAGGGCUGGACGGCAUCUUCAGGAGGAACAGCACUGGACUUCUGGCCUCAGGCCCCGAGUCACCUCGACAGUCCAAGUUGCAUCAUUGACAAUAACAGGAGACAUGGACAGAAUGUUGGGCAGCUGAACUAGUAUCUGUGACCUUUGACCCAAUGUCAGUACCACAGGGCCCUGCCCUGUUAACAGUGAUGUCACUCCGCUCUGUACCUGUACCCAUGAAGGAUUCUGGGACUUGGAGUCAUUGGUGGGUCAGAAUGAUUUGGCUCCUCCUCUCACACUGCCCAUCCCAUAUUAGGAUGUGUGGUCCCUCCCCACAAUCCCGCCCACACAUUGAUCAGCCAAUUGGCGGUUCUGCAGAGGUAGUCUCCAUGGUUCCAGGGUGAAGCACUCAAAUCAAGACACUCAUCGUCACAAACUGGCCUCUGAAAAGGGAACCUGCUUUAGGUUGGCAUCUUUAUCACAGCUCUACAUGCAUUUAGACAUUUUGUUGUUGUAGCUUCCCGUUCCUGUGUGGUCAGGUGACCAGGAAGGAAUUCCCAAUCCAAAAACUUCCUCAGGCAGACCUCCACUCCUCACCACACACACCCUUCUCUCCAGCAUGCCAGAGUUCAAAGUGCACUUACCUCUCCUCCUCCUGGACUCCAGAGGCUACACAACAACCUGUCUGUCACACAAGGGAAGACUUUAUACUGACACCUUUUCAUGAAAUGUCUUUUAAAAUAGGAAGAAUUCAGGUUAUCGAGGAUUGUUUUUAUUCUUCGUCUCAAAUGUUGCAACACAGAGAGGACCUACACCCUAAAUGGCAAUCGAUGGUGUUGGAUCUUUGUUAUGUAUAAUAAUUUAUCAUUUCUUAAUUUUCUUACUGACCAGAGUAGAGCUACAGACAUUGAGCAAAAUUAUAUUUGUAUGUCAAUUUUUAAACAGUAUUAUUAUUAUCAUAGUUGUUAUUGUUGAAAUGUGUACGUAUAUUUUAGUAUUUUUUUAUAUUUAUUAUAAGCCUCCUAUUACUAAAAGAACUCGAGCUAAAGUGUUUUAACCGCUUGGUGACUUGUAUUUUUAAGGGUCCUUUUUGCCGGCGGUUCUCCCUUUUCACACUUCUUCCAAUGUUUCUACCUUUCAACAUGACUUCUCUUUCUCUUCCACUGGUCUCUGACAGACGUGCUUGAUUUGAUAUGUACAUUACAGAAGUGUACAUAUGGCACUAGCCAACUCCUUUUAAUACCUCUGGUUCCACUGCAGUGUGUUCUUCUGUUCUGUCAGUGAUCGACGCUCUACAGGGACAUCACUGACAUGGGCUGCAUCUCAAUAGUCUAAUCUCCUCCUCUCCUCCUUUGUCUUUCCGGAUCUGAAAACGAAGGUGGCAUUUUGAGCAAUGUGGUGGUUGCCAGACAGGAAUUUGACUUCCGUCUCGAGAGUUCUUGUGAUAGGAAGUUACUUUAGGUUAUUUAGAUGUGUUUUUCAGAACAGCGGCAGCGCCCCUACUUUUCCAUACAAGGGGAUGUUCAGUGGUUGCCUGAAGGAAGAAUAAGGCUUUCUCAGAUACUCUCUUUUGCACUUUUUCCUCAUAUGCCCAGAUCGUUAAUCUACUUCUAUUUCUAUAGAUAUUUGCUUCCCACCCCAGUAUGAACUCUGGGGUGGGAAGACACGCACAAUAAAAACAACUUUUUAUUUGAUUUUAUUUGUAAUGAAUUUGGAAAAUGUUCUUUCAUUUUCUUUCGCUUUGAAAACGUUGACGGUUUUGUAGAUCGGAAGGAAAAACAUCUAAUGUAUUCCCCUUUUUAGAUGGAAUUGUAAGGCUACAAAAUGCGAAGACUGUGCAAGGGGUGUGUCGACUUUCACUAGGCACUGUAUAUAUUUGUAAAUGUGUUUUGUCAACAACAGUAAAUAUGAAGACUAGGCCUGUAUUCCUUGUGACUUCAAUCCCCUUUGUAAACCAGUGUACUUUAGGCUACAGUGUAGGGCAGGGGUACUCAACUCUUACCCCAUGAGGUCUGGAGCCUGCUGGUUUUCUGUUCUACCUGAUCAUUAAUUGUACACACCUGGUGUCCCAGGUCUAAAUCAGUCCCCAAUUUAGAUGGGAACAAUGAAAAAAUGCAUUGGAACUGACUUUGAGGUCCAGAGUUUGAAAUGUAUAGGCUAUCUGAAUCUUAGACAAGGUUAUUUUUUUGUAUUCUUUAAAAAACAAACAUUUACUGAAUGUGUCUCCAUGGCUAAGGGAAAUCACAAACACUGUAGGUCUGCAUGGUCCAGGGGGAGGGGCUGGGAAAAGUAGGUACAGUGGGGGAAUGUUUCUAUGCCUGCCGUUUUGUCUUCAGACCCUGCCUCUGCAGCAGUGCACUCUCUUCCAAGUCCUUAGGCCCUCACCUGCAGCACUCUAUAUUUCUAGAAGUUCUCGUAGGUGAAAGUAUUGGCUCUUUUCACCAUCUCGGAUGACCUCCGACACACUCAAAUGACUCAUAUAUGCUCGCUUUCUGCUAGUGGUCAAUGUCGAUGGCAUGUAAUUUGUCCCAAAAUAGUAAUAGACCUACAGAAUACAUAUCAGUUUAUAACUCAUCAAUUACAAGUUACUGUUCGAUCACUGAAAAUGUGUGCACUACUGAUUGGUCAGGUCUGGAGCCACCGAUGCCCCUCUCCAGUCAUUUAGGUAUGCAAACGGCACGUGACUGACUAGGUAUUAUUCCUGAAUGUUAACAUUGCUUCUCCUCUCUUCACUAUUUUUUACUGAGUGUGGAACAGCAGAUAAGCAGUCUAAUUGAACUCGUGUCCUCGCUCCUCGUCUUCUCAAAACCCAUUGGAUGAGAAAGCCAGAGGUCCCGCCCAUUCUGACCUUCUCCUCCAAUGGGUUUCGAUAGUGACGGCAAGAGAGAGGACACGAGGAGUAUGCAAUUGAGGUCUUCCCUACGUGUUGGUCUGAAAUGGCACACUGUUCCCUGCAGUGCACUACUUUUGACCAAUGCCCUAAUAUGCGUGCCCUGAUCAAACCAAAGGCACUGUAUCGGGGAAAUAGAGUGCCAAAGUAGUGCACUAUAGAGAAUGACGCAGACUUGAGUAGACUAGUGGUUCAGUGCAGUCUCCUCACUAACCCAGGACAUGGAUGUCUCUCUGUAAGUAAGGCCUUGUUUUUGUAUUCACUGUAAAUAAAGCAGAACCAGGUUCUUGUUGAGCUCUUA